ACAGAUUUUCAUCCUGCACAGUGAAGGUGUAGCUUGUAGCAGGAUCGGAUCAGAUGGCACUCCUUGCGCAUCCCCUGCUCUGCCUGUUUCUCCUGGUGCUCAACGCCUUCUUGCCCAUGGGGGCUGCCGUGGCAGCUGCUUUCCCUAUUCCAGACAGGCUGGUGUGGAAACACAGCAAGCACAAUCCUAUGCGUAUUUACUUUGAAUUAAAUCCCACUGUUCUCAAUGGCGCUUCUUCCCAGUCUCUCCAGGUCCCAGCCACCCUCGACCGGAGCGAACUCCUUGCCUUUCUCUCUGAGCUGGCCGAAUGGGCAUCCCGCAUGAACGAGGCCCCCCUGCCAAGGCCAGAAAAGAUGACGCCCGUCCCUCGGGAGGAGAGGACGCCCGUCCCUCAGCCCCCAACCCGGGAAAAGGUGCCCUGUAAAAACUUCUUCUGGAAGACUUUCUCCUCUUGCUAGUGGAACUUUCCUCCUGCACCAGUGGACUCGAGAUGAGUAUGAUCAGUGACUGUUCCGUUCCUUUGGGAAAAAUCCGUGUCCUGUAAUUAGAGUUCGCUUUGCUUUUCUUGAUUCUAGGUGUGUCUGUUCAGGACCAGCUCUGUGUGCUUGCAUGGAAUUCUUAACUCAUGUGGGUGAACUUGCAGGAUUUAGGGGUGCCCCAUUCUUAGGUUGCGAAAGCAGCGUGCCCCCUGUAUUCAGUGAAAAACCUUGCCCAUUUCAACAGGUUGGUCAGAACAGCAAGUUUCACAGCGUUAGUACUGCUCCUACCUAAAGGGAGAAAGGUAAUCCUAGCUCUGUGAUGCGUUGUGUUUUGACUGCUCUUGGGUUGCUCUUAAGAGCAGGAAAGUGAGGGCUGUUUCCCAGUUAUGCACUCAGCUCAUGAGUACAAAUAUGAGGAAACAUACCCCUUUGGCUUGGGCUUUUGUGUGUGUGACGGGCACGCACUUAUAGAUCUGAGGUAUAUAGGAACUACCUUAUAACCAGCACUGUGCUUAAAAACUAAAACCAUCAGAAUAACCAGCUGGGGCCUUCAGCCCCAUGGACAACUCGGUCAGCAUGCUCCCUGCUCUUCCCGAUGUUUAUUUGAUCACCUAAAAUUGUUUUGAAUUAAAACAGCUGCGAAGGAUGGCCUGCCACAAAACACAGUGCUGCUCUCCUGCGUCAUCCUGGUGUGGGUUCAAACGGGUGUUUGUUUUGGUUCGGUCUUGUAGCUCCGACCCACCCGUACCUUGUACUUAGGUUCUUGGACACGUUCAUUUUCAUUUAACCUCACCAAUUGCCUCCUUGGAAACGAGUGUUUUGUGACCAGCUAUGGGGACGUUAGACAGGUAUUUUGUGAGACUCUCAGAACACUGCCUCAAAAUUCCGCAUGUGCCCCCACAGUUCCAAACAAGUUGAGACCUAUGUCCUAUGUAUUAUACAUUAAUUCUGCCAUUCCUCCAAGAAACUAGGUGUGGUGCACUUGACCUUCCUUCUACCUUCACAACGACCUUCAGAGGCAGGUUAAAUGUGCCUUGAUUCACAGUUAUCCAAUAAACUUUGUUUGAGAAAAGGUGACCCUCAGCUUCCUUUAGCUUUAAGGUAAGCUCACUUCUGUACCCACCCAAGCAGAAUUCUCUUUCGUAGUUACAGCAGACCUGUGCCAUUUCUGUUACUUUGUGUGAUUCUAAUACCUCACCUCCUUAGCCACUGACAGUUCAUUUCUGCAGCCUCUUCAGCUGCUGAGAGCUGUGCAAACAUUGCCCACGUUGUUUCACGCACUUUUUUGCCACGCUAUGACGACGAGCUAGCUCUGUUUAAAAGAAAACAAUAGUUCUUUAAAAAGCCAAAUCCUAUUUUCUGUCUCUGCUUUUUCUGAACUUUCUUGGAACUGCAGCAGGCAUACAGCUCUGGUCAUGUUUCAGUGAAAACGCAAGUGUACAUAUGCAAAUCCCAAAGUGAGGUGGUUAGAACUGGGGAUCCAGUCUUCAGAGUUAAAUGCAUUUACUUGGAAAUGAGUCUCGCUGAUUUUGUUUCUGACAAGUGUGUGGAAGAGUGCCGUCUUGCUUUCUGUAUACAGAGAGUUGAACAUUUCUUAGCAGUGUUGGUACGAUGAUGACAAAACCUCUUCCCGACAAAACUGUAACUUCGCUUUCAUUUAAUGUUAGAGCAUGGAAAUUUCAAGAAAUUGGAAUGGUUGUGUGCAUUUUGAAGUGUUCAUUACCCAGAUGCACAGACUGGAGUUGUUUGUAAAGAAAGGAAGGAAACACACACACAUACUAACUGGGGAAGAUUUCAGCUGUUCCUUACAGACUCUUGCCAGCAAGCUAAAAAAUAUCAUUCCAACUCCCUGUUUUUCUGUCUUGAACUUGUCUCCCACUAUCUUGGCGUGCAGAAAUAAAACUUUGCUGUGCACACACGACCUUCCUGCUGUAUUUUGUCCAGAGAGAACAUGAAGUGUGGUUUCAGGCACAUCCUUUCUU